CGUUUCGCUCUCAGACUGUGUGUCUGUCUGUUCACUGCUCAGGAAAAAACGCUGGAAAGUUCAGACUCUAACUCAGUGAACUCAUGAAAGAAACCGGAUGACGGAUAGAUUUUAAGCUGGACUCGCGUGUCCGUGGUUGUUUUUCACUCUGAUUGGGUUUUUUAGACGUUUUCAGAUUGGUGCUUCGGAACGCGAAUUGGUUCGGGAUUGACUCUAAUCUCGAAGUUCCCAAGAUGAACUUCGAUGCGGUGGUCGGAAAACCUUUUGUGGCCGUGGCAGCGCUGCUCCUCGGGUUCGUUUGCUACGCGGCAGAACACCCAGCUCCUCAGUGGCCCGGAGAGGAGUUCAGAAACCUCACCCUCCGACGACUCAGGACAUGUGUGGAGAAUGAGCAGUACCUCCACCAGGGACUCUGCUGCCUCAACUGCAAGGAGGGAACAUUCGUGAAUAAGCCUUGUGAGAAAGAUCUAGAACAAGGAACCUGUUUGUCCUGUGAGCACGGACAGACCUACACAGAGCACCCCAACGGGAUGACCCGCUGUUUGCCCUGUACACACUGUCGCCAAGAUGAAACUAAAAUUGCGAACUGCACAACAACUACAGACACCAAGUGCCGCUGCAAACCUGGUACCUUCUGUGUUCCUGACCAGGCCUGUGAAGUCUGCAAACGCUGCGCCAAGUGUAAAGCGGGUGAGGAGGAGGUGAAGAAGUGCACGCCCUUUUCUAACACACAGUGCAAAAAACGAGAACUAUCUCCCACUGAAACCGUAACACCUCGGUCUCCGCUGGUUCCUGAAGCUUCAAAAAAUACCUGGCUUGUAUUAAUUGUCUUCAUCUGCAUUAUAGUCAUAGUCCUUUUCGCAUUUUGUUUGUGGUUCUUAAGGAGGCAGCAUUUAUGUGACGUACCAUGGUUAAAGAGCUCAUGUGACUCCAGUGAAAUAGUAAAGAUUCCCAUUGAUGAGAGUGGAGCCACUGCCGAAGAGAGACAGAACAAUCAGAACGCAGGCCUAGAGAGCGAUGAGGCCCGUCCUGAGUCACGGCCUCUGCUGCAGGAGACUCAGGCUGGGAUGACCAAGGCCUGCCCUCCUCUCGAGGACGAAGACCGCGGACUGGGGGACAGUUUGCCCAACACCACAAGCUCAUCUCAGACGAGCCUUUCGGCACUGCCCACAGCUGCCUCCUCUGGCAACACCCCACACCAGAGCCCUGCUGGCUUCAGACACCUGCCUUCAGACACGGACGACCCGUUAGGACAUCGAUUGGUGCCACUACUUGGAUCAGAGAAGUCCCUGAGGAAGAGCUUUGAUUUGUUUGACGAGUACUUGGACGUCCGGAUCCACAACAAGUUCUUCCGACUAAUCGGCAUCAGCGACAACCACAUUCGGAUCGCUGAGAACGGCCCCCCCAGCGACAAAGUGUACGAACUGCUGAAGAACUGGAUGCAGAGGCAGGGUCUGAAAGCCGACAUCAACGACCUGUUGGAAGCGUUGCUAAGCAUGGACCAGCGGCGCUCAGCUGAGGGCAUCGCCUGCGCUGCCAUCAGGAGGGGCUACUACAAGCAAGCAGACACGCCCUGAAGCCUUCGGAUCCGGUGGACUGCUGAUGAAGUAAACACAACGUAUUCGCCACCAGAACAAACUACAACCAAAUAAGACGCCAUCGUUGGACACUAUGUCUCACGAACAGGCUUACCUCCUUUGUGGCUGUUCAGCCAUGCUUUAAAAAGCCAGUAGUUUUAAAAAAAAAAAAGAAAAACACAAAAAGGGGAAAGUCGAGACAGACCGAUCAGUUGUCCAAUGUUGUUGACUACUCAUCCUAUGCUGGAGUUUCAUUAUGAAAGCAAAAAAACUGACAUUUUGUGGUCUCACUCAACAUUAACGACCAAAACGAUGUUAAGAUAUGCUUUCAGAAGAAGCCCAAAGGCUUUAACUUUUGCAUUCUGACACGUUUGGAUGUUCUCGGCUGUCAGGAAGAAAACGUGCAGCCGAACACUGAAAGCACAGAAGUCUCCAGCCUUGUCUCUUCCACCCAGGUCAUGAGACACUACCAGGGGUCAAGGAUAUAUACACUGGUUUGUAGGAGUGGCAUCACAUUGUGUCACUAAUGCCGUGCCUGUUUAAAGCACUGAUAUCUGGCACAUGUAGAAUAUAAAACAGGUCAUGUUUCAAUGUGUUGUUCUGUAGAUUUAGACCUCCUUAUUAUACCGUAAAUAUCAGUCCAUGAGUAUUUUCUUCACUAACAGUGGAAAAAUAUUCACAAAUACUAACAUACAUCCCUACUAAUUACAGGUUUACCUCUUCAUCUUGUUUCCUUUUUUCCUGCAAGUUCAUUAUGUUCCUUAAGCUGUUUUUGUACAAUCUGGUUGCAUCAGUCAUGUCCUCAGUCUUUGUAUGUUCAGUGUUAUCCCUCUCAAACACUGUAGACGGAAUUUGCAGAACGUUUCUAUCAGAGCAUUUGUUAAUAGUUUCUCUGAUGUUUUUGUGGCGACUUGGAGAAGUUCAGAGGUCAUUCUAUUUAUUGUCAUAUUUAUUGAGAUGAAUAUUAUCUGUGAUUAUUUAUACCUUUGCCAAAACGACCCUGAAAAACAAACAACCGUAUCUGUGUUGUGAUGUCCCUGCAGGGCAAAAAUGACUGAGAUCCAAUUCUUUCAAGUUCUAAAACGACAACAAAAUGUAGCAUUAUUAUUUUUAUUUCUUAUCCUGCUCGUUGGACUAGGUUCAGAGCGACAAUCUGGCGUCGUGUGUCAAUGUGAUCCAUGUGCCUUUUUUUAUCAGCGAGUUCCUGCUGAUUCCACAUUCAGAACAAUGCAGAGGUUUUCAUAACGCCUAAUGCAGAAUGUAUCUUGUCAAAUUAAAGUUGAAAUCCUUUUUAGUUGAACAGACUGAACAAGCAGUCCGGCGCCUGUCUUGAUGAGGCGGGUGCAGGUACAGAUCUUUUCCUAUUGAUGUGAGAUGAAGGAAAUCUUUUCUGGAUUUUAAAACAAGCUCAGAUUUAUGUUAAGUUCUGCCCAAUGCACAUACGUACAAGUGCAUCAGAGCAUGCAAGCCUUAUAAAUUGUUUAUAUAUGCAGAUGGAUAAACAAAGUAAAUGAGAUGUGGAACUGUUCAUCAGCCAGAAAGGUUGUUUUAUUUUUAUUUUUUAUGCCCAUUUUUAUCUGCAUUCUUUUAUGUAUGAAGCACAGAUUUAGAGUUAUAUAUUGUUGCUGAGCGAUGCUCCAGUGCUGGCACUGCCCUCUAUUGACACACCAGGAAACUACAGCCUGCAUCCAGUUCUGACUACAUGCCCCUCUUAAUCUUUGUUUUUCCUUCUCUGCUGCAUCCGUUUUUUAGCUCUAUUCCCAUUUUAGCCUGAUGCAGCGGAGCAACGAAAAUGAUACAGUUCUUUCGUUUACUCCGUAGUACUUCAUUUGUGUGUGUCUGUGUAGAUUUUUUUUUUUUCAAAUGUCUCUGUAUAUCCUUUAAGUGCAAGUCUAAGCUCUUCAGUUAACUUCCAUUAAGUUCUGUGAUUGUCAGAUUGCUGUUAAGCCAUUUUUAGUAACUUGUUUGGUUGUCAUGGAUUUCAGAUACAAGUGAUGUAAAUACAACAAAGCUGUUUUUACGUUGAGUUCAAAUAAAUAUCUUGUACAGCUGUAAA